AUGUCGAACCCUCUCGAUACCGAUGCUGGCUCUGAGCUCUUCACCUCAUACGAGGCUGAAUUCAAGCUCAUCCAAGCAGACCUGAACCAAAAGCUGGACCAGAUCCCUGAAUUAGCCGGUGAGCCUCGAAAGGCCGCUAUCAGCCAAGCCGAGCGGGCGCUGGAGGAACUUGAUGAGCAGCUCAGCGCAAUGCGCCUUGGAAAGCAAAACAUUCCCACCAGCUCUCGCACCAAGGUCAAUCAGCGCUUCCGAAACUACGAAUCAGACACAGAUGCCGCUCGUCGCAAGUUGACCACUCUCUCCUCCGACCGCUCAGCACUCUUCGGAUCGCGAUACACAGAUGACCCCGCUGGCUCAUCAGACAUCCACAUGGAGCAGCGACAGCAGCUACUCUCAGGGACCGACCGUCUUGAUCGAAGCACACAGCGAUUGAAAGCCAGCCAGGCCCUCGCCAACGAGACCGAAGCCAUCGGCGCAGGCACCCUAGCAGACCUCAACAGGCAGCGAGAAACCAUCGAGCAUACUCGCGGUAUAAUGCUCGAGAGUGAGGGCUACGUGGACAGGAGCGUCAAGACACUCAGGGGCAUGGCGCGUAGCUAUGUUGGCACUCUACAUGAAAUCAACUCGGACGAGUCGACAGUAUCACUUGAAAAUGUGAGGUCAUUCGGUACCGAAGGUCGCAAAGGCCGACCUGAAGAAGAGAUUGCCCCCUCCGACCAAGUCUACGAGUACAUUGUAUUCCGAGGCAGCGACGUGAAGGAUCUACGAAUUGAGGACCAUCCCAACAUCAAGGAGAACAAGCCUCCAGCUGUGCCCGAUGAUCCAGCCAUCGUUGGCACUCGAGCUCGCCCUGGAGCCCAAGGGCCUAACCAAAAUGCUCCACCAGGAGGACCGGCUGCUUUCGGCCCAGGCCAAGGACCCUACCCACCCAACAACUUCUACGGAGGCCCACCACCAGGAAAUUGGGGUCGUGGUGCUCCAGGACCUGGCCCAGGCCCUAACUUUGGGAACAUGCCGUAUCCUCCUCCUCCUGGCUGGUUCCCUCCUGGUCAGGGAUUUCCGGGCGGCCCAGGUGGACCCAACGGCCCCGGAGGUCCUGGAGGUCCCGCACCUUGGCAGAAUGAGUAUCAUGUUCCAUUCGCUGGUCCUGGUGCUCCUGGACCUAACGCACCCGUUGAAGUUGCCGCGAACCAACGAGCCACGUCAGGCUCUGGUCCCUCACAAGAUGCGAAGCCAGCUCCUAUUGGACCUGGCGCCGAUCGAGCCAAGCAAGCCACUCCCAGCGGACAGGCAGCACCUCCUACGGAACCCAAAUCGCUGGCUCAAGGCGUGCGACAACCCUCUCAUGCCCCUACACCACCUGUCGAGUCGAAACCCUCGGUUGAGGAAGUCAAGCAGACUGCUGCGAGUCUAGCAGCCAACGGCCAAGCAAGACCUGAGGACAUCAGCAAGGCUACUCCUACUGGACCAAGGAAUCACCGGGUCAACCCUGUUAUUCCUUUGACAGGUUCUGCUGCCAAGCCCUUCUCUCUACCGGGCGCAGGAGGUGAUGCUGCCAGCAAGGCUCCAGCAGCCACUGCACCACCUAAUGUUCAGGAUGCCACCAACGCUGCUAGGGCUGCGGUCGCUGUUGCUAUGGCCCAACUGGGCAACAACAGUGGCAACGCGAUGGACAACUUGACGAACAAAGUCAACGAGAUGAGGGUCAGCGCUGUCCGAGGGGGGGCAGCCAACAGAGGACGAGGCCGUGGUGGACGUCCUGCUGCCGCCAAGGUCGCGGUUCCCGACUCGGACUUCGACUUUGCCCAGUCUAAUGCCAAAUUCAACAAGCAAGAUGUUGUUAAGGAGGCUGUUGCCGGAUCUCCUCUGGAGACACCCGAAAACCCUGCUGUCACCGAGCAGCCCGAGAUCUCAACUACGACUGACGAUGCUGCUGUUGCCUACAACAAGUCGAGAUCGUUCUUUGACAACAUCUCCAGCGAAUCCAGAGAGCGAACCGAAAACGGAGGCCAGAAGCCCGGUGGUCGCGAAUGGAGGGGCGAGGAGCAGCGCAAGAACAUGGAGACCUUUGGUCAGGGCAGCGUUGAUGGUGCUUAUCGCAACUACCGUGGCCGAGGCCGUGGUCGUGGUCGGGGCGGUCGUGGCUAUGGCCGCGGUGGACGAGGUGGAAACCGUCCUCAGUAUCAAAACACGCCUGCUCAGCAAUAA